AUGACGAUUAAUUUUGCUAAAUUCCUCUCAGGGCAUUGGUUUUCGGAAUUAAUUCGAAGCCCAUCGCAGGAAAUGAUGGCAAAAGAACGGAAAUCCAAAAGAAGUUCAACAUUUCGAUGGAUUUCCCGGAAAGUUAUGCACCUGGAGACGGAGCCGUCGGUGAUCGGUUUCUUAUCAUUGGAAAUCUCAGCUCUAAUGGCAAAGCUUGUUCAGAUAUGGAAUCGAUUAGAAGACGAUGAAUUCAGAAGAGCAAAACAAAAUCUUUCAAACUCAAUAGGAAUCGGAAAAUUAAUUUCAAACGAUGAAUCAUUUCUAAUGGAACUUUUCAUGAAAGAAAUCGUUGAAGAUCUUCAAUACAUAGCGAAAUCAAUCGUGAGAUUCGGGGAUAAAUGUUCUGACCCUGUUCUUCAUGAAUUCGAAAAGUUCGUCAAAGAUCCACUGAAGAACGAAUUCAAUUGGUUCGGAUGGCAGUACAAAUGGAAAAAAAUGGAUAGAAGAGUGAAGAAAAUGCAGAGAUUUGUUGUUCUUACGGUGGAGCUGUGGAGAGAAAUAGAAAUUCUAGCGGAGGUUGAACAGAAUUUAAAGAGGACGACGACAAUUUUUUCAUUCUCCGGCGGCGCAGGAAAAUCGUUCAAGUUCAGGAAGAAAAUUUCAUGGCACCGCCGCCGUGCUCAGAGUUUGAAAUUGAUGACUCCUUGGAACAGAACAUUCAAUUACAUUCUCAGACUUUUCAUGAGAUCGAUGGUUACAAUUAUUGAACGAAUAAAAAUUGUUUUUGAGGUUAAGGAAAUGCGGCGGUCGGAGGACAGCAGAGAUAAAUCGGCCGAGCGCCGUGGCACGGAAUUAGAAGAGCAGAGGAAAAAACAAAAUUAUAAUCAGAGUCCGACAUCGAUGAAGAUUUCUUCAGAGAGUAAAAUAUUUACUCAAUUUCCCCAUUUCCGCUCACUCAGAGACCACAAGAACAGAGAAGUUGGAUCACCACAGCCGUCGCUACGGAAAACGUCGUCGUUGAAUUUGGAAAACAGCGCAGUUGAAAACAGAGCAUCAUCGUCACCGAAACGAAUCGAUGGUGGACAUUAUUCAAUCUCAUCGUUCUUUAUCAAAGAAAAUCUAUCAGACCCACCUCAGAAUUCCCUUGGCGCCGCCGCCUUAUCGAUUCAUUACGGCAAAAUUGUGAUUUUGAUCGAGAAUUUAGCGUCAGCACCUCACUUGAUCGGUAGAGAGGAACGUGACGAUUUGUUCAAAAUGUUGCCGACGAGUAUAGUGAAAGCUCUGAGAUCGCGGCUGAGAAAGACAAAGAAAGUUCGGCAGUCGUCACCGUACGAUCCAGUUGUGGCGGCUGAGUGGAAAUCGGCAAUGGCGGAGAUAUUGCAGUGGUUGUCUCCAAUGGCUCAUGACAUGAACAUUUGGCAUUCGGCACAGGGCUUCGAGAAGCAGCCGGAUAGAGGUGGUGACAGUGGCAUCGGAGGCUAUGGUUUGAGGUCAAAUGUGUUGCUGCUGCAGACGCUUCAUUAUGCAGACAAGGAGAAAACAGAGGGAGCCAUUGUUGAGUUGCUUGUGGCUUUGAGCAAUAUUUGUUGUUCAAAUGAAGUUUGUGAGAAGAGACUGUUAAACCCACUUGGAGUUGAAGCUCACAGGAAUUACUCCAUUAUGAACGAUGGGUUUUCCUAUUUUGGUAUUGUGUGA